AUGACUGAAAGUGGCGAAGAUUACGGUUUAGGCUUUCCAACUAGUCCAAAAACACCUAAUGGAUAUUCACCUGAAUUGGAACGAUUAUUGCGUGAAACAGCUCAUCUUCGUGCUGAUCCAUCACUUAUACUUGAAACACCUAAUGUUUAUGAACAAGCAGCUCGUCUUAAAAAACUUGGUGUUGUCGAUCAUAUAAGUCAAUUUGAUAUAAAUAGUUAUCAAAAUAUAACUGAUGAAUUAAGCAAAACACCAUCAGCUGUAUCUUUAUCAUCAUCAUCAUCAUCGACUUGUUCAUCUGAUUUAAGUCCACCUGCUCAUCUUGUACCAUUACAAAUGCAUCAUCAUUAUUAUCAGCAUCAUCAUCAUCCUUCAUAUUCAAUUACAACAACAACAGCAGCAAGUGAAGUUUCAUAUCAACAUCCAGGUUCAAAACUUCGUACAAGUCCAUUAAUUCAUUCGCCUACAGCUUUAUUUCUUUGUCGAAAACGUCUUCCAUUAGAUAAUGAAUUAAUGAGUGAUGAAUUAUCUUCAACAACGACAUAUGAAAAUUUUAUGCAACAACAACAACGUCUAUCAACAUGCUAUUGUCGAGACAAUAAUCAAACAACAAAUACAAUAUUAUCUUGUCCAAAUCCAAUUCAUAAUAAUAAUAAUAAUAAUAAUAAUAAUACAGAAAUUAUUAAAACAGAACCUACACAAUAUUUAUCAGAUUAUUCAAUGGAUUUUGGACAUCAAUUCUAUGAUGAUAAAACAUUUUCCACUAUGUCAUCAGAUACAUAUUCGCCAUCAUCAUCAUUACUUGUUCCUAUUGGAUUAUCUACUGAUAAUAUUAAAUUAUCAUCAUCACCACCAUCAAUUCCUGAUUAUUCUUUAACAUCUCCAAUUGAUGGUUUUAAUCAAACUGGUAUCAAUGAUAUGUGGUCUCCAUCAGUUGUACCAAAAGGUCGAAAACGUUCAUCAACAAAUAUAUCAAAUGAACCAAAAACAAAACGAAAAACUCCUUCUUCAUUUCAAGAUGCUAAUAUACAAGAAGAUGUACAACGAAGAAGUGGUAUUAUUCAUGCAUGUAGUCAUCCAGGAUGUGGAAAAAUAUAUAAUAAAUCAUCACAUUUACGUGCUCAUGAACGAACACAUACAGGUAUUAAACCAUAUUCAUGUCAAUGGCCUGCUUGUGGUUGGAAAUUUGCACGGUCUGAUGAAUUGACACGACAUUAUCGUAAACAUACUGGUGUCAAACCAUUUGCGUGUAAAUUUUGUGAUCGAGCUUUUGCUCGCUCCGAUCAUUUAACCCUUCAUAUGAAACGACAUCUUUAA